UUCAACUUUCCAACAUCAAAACCCUCGUAAUUCAAUUGGGUUUCUGCUGUUAUUCUCCCCUCUCUCCUCUCUCUCCUCUCUCUCGCCGAGAUUUUUAUAUGCAUACAUGCGUGGGUAUAUGUAUUUGUGCACCCCCUUGGCAAAAACACAGACUAAACACUAAAAGAACCCACAGAAUCAUACCCAAGUUAUGGAUAUUAUCUGGGGUUUGUUGAAAUUGUUGUAGAAGGCCUAAAGAAUUGAUUUUGGAGUAGCCCAUUUGGUUCUUGAUUGAUUUUGGUUGUGGUUUGAGUGUGAAAAGGCAAGAUUUUAUGUUUCUUGAUGGAUGAAAGUGCUAUGUUUGGCUUGAAUGGAGAUAAUGAUGAUAUGGGGUGGGGCAAGAAUUUGGGGGUGGUUGAUAAUGGUGGUGAAGUUGAUGAUGGUAAGUGGUUGCAAGAAAUUUGUGAUACUUUGGAGAGAAAAUGUGAUGAGUAUAAUCAGAGUUUUUUGGUUAGUAGUGAAGUGAAGGGGUCUGGUGAGGAUGAUGAUGAUGAUUGUGUGAUUUUAGAUGGUGAUCCUGACAAGGUUGGUGUCGAAAGUGAGAAUGUUGCGGUGGGGGGUGAUUCGGAUGAGCUUGUUGUUGUUGGGGAGACAGGGCAGGUCGCAUGUCGAGACUAUCCUCACCCACGAGAUCUUUGUGCUAAACUUCCCUUUACAUCUACUCCUCAUGAACAAUACUGUAACCAGUGUCACUGUUAUGUUUGUGAUGCACCGGCUCCAUGUCUCAAAUGGGGAACUGGCAUAUCUGUCAGUGACCAUUGUCAUGCCACUGGGAAGGUGGAAUUCUGGAAUCAACAAAGAAAGAGUCUAAAAAUAAGUCGUCAAAGUACAGUAUUUGUUCCUAAAGUUCAAUGUACUUCUAUGUCAACACAGCCAAUCCAAACAAAUCAAACAACAGCAUUGGGUCCACAAACACCAUAUAACAUACCACCAGCUCAGGGCCCCAUGUCGGCCCCAAAUCCGAGUAUACAGUACCAGACACUCCAGACUCAGGUCCUUAGGCCAGCACUAAAUACAUAUAUGCAAUAUCAGGCAUUUCAGGCACAGAUGGCCAGGCCAGGCCGAACAGAAGCCAUGAACAUGACAACUAUCAGAGGCCAAAGCUCUGCAGUGCCCAGAACCAAUCUGCAACCGGAUUUGGCAUCACUGCAGUCCAGAAACACUGGUAAUAACCUUGCAAGGAAUAGAAGACAUAAUGUUGGUAGUUCUGGCCCUCGAGUUAAUGUUACCCCCGCUGCUAUGUUCAAAAGGAGUGGAACCCCAGGUGUUGCUUCGGCAUCUAAUCAAAGAACUGGUCAUUUGAUCAAUGGGCGUGGAUCUACUCUAUACACAAGACUUCCUAAUGCAGUGUUAGCACCUGAUAACUGCAAUAAUGUGAUAUCUGCUCAAGCGAAUGGGAAUUCGAGCAUGUGUGGGCCCUCCCUUCAACAAUACAUGCAUCAGAGGCCUAAUAUUAUGGCUUUUCAGUCUCAACUACAAUCUCGUUUAUUCUCACAGUCUACUGUGGCUACCAAUCAAGUCUUUACUCAACCUCUGUUCUCUGACCUGUCAAACAGAAGCACUGUCUUUUUGUAUUCAACUACUCAACCUCAAAUACCAUCUCAAAAGGAAAAUGUGGGCAGCAUGUCCUCAAGACCAGGUUUACCUCAACCCCAAGUGUCCUUGCAGCCCGAUUUACCCAACAGCUCUGCGAAUACAGUACCUUCCCAGCCUCCUGUCUCUUAUCAGACUAGUCAUGCUUCAAACUAUCAGCAAAAUAUUAUUCAGCAACAGAAUCAAAUCAACAAUUUUGGGGAUACUGGUUUUUCUGAAAUCGCCUUAAAUUGGCUCACAAAUACAACCAUCCCGAGCAGCCAACAAAGCCAAGAACAAAACUCUCAACUUCCAGCCUCAGGUUCUUUCGAUGAGUUUGAUUGCUUUUUUAGCGGGAGCUCAGCAUUUGAUUUGAUUCGUGAUCCUUGGACGUUGAAUGGUGAAGAAUCUGCAAGAAUUUCUUCCGAAUCAGCUACAGCUACAGUAGAUGUAGGAACUUUGUUCGGUUAGUAAUCAUCUUACUAAUUAGAUAGAAUUUUCUGCAAAUUCUGUAGGAGGGAUAGUUUAGCUUCGACUUGCACAAAGUAACCUUUGCCUUGAAAAUAUAUGUAUACCAAGCUAGUGACUAAUCUCUCGGCUAGGAAAGAUCCAUACUGUAGCAGAAAACCAGAUGUUUUUUUUUCUUUUUCUAUCAAAUCGGAAGCUCUUUAGCAUA